AAACGUACAGCAAGGAAAAUGUAUUAAAACCUUGAACGAGGAACAAAGGAAAUAAAAUCCAUGAAUAAUUCAAAAGUAAAGUGUAAAAUCCACAAGUAAUAGUUAUAGAGGGAGAGAGAGAGAGCAGAAAAGAUAUAGAGGAAACGACGAGAGUCGGCAAUUAACUUGGCGAAAAGCAAAGUCAACGCGUGCCCCACCAUAAUGGCGGCACGACGUUGCCACUUGGCCCGAUCCCGUGACGGGGGGCCGCUCCGGCAACGUGCUGCUUGCAACAUAUUCAAUCUAUCCUCCUGCUCAAUAUUUGUGGUCAUAGUCCAUCUUCUGGCCGUUUCCCAAGCUGUCAGCGAGGAGGAGACCAGCUUUGCGGGCCUCUCGGCGGAGAAUGCCGCCAGGAUGCUGGCUGGGAGUCCCGGCGAUGUGGACAAGAGUUCCUCCCAUCACAGCGAGAUGUCUCUGGUCCUGCCCCACGACACCUAUCCUGGUUUUAGCAUCAAGAAAUUUAGGACACAUCCAGUCAAAGUGAAUGGCACAUCGCAUGGCGUGGCCAAGGGUGCUGGAGCAGGAAAUGCCGCCGCCGCCUAUCACAUGCUGGACAGCGACUACUCCAAGUACUUCACGGUGCUCGAUGAUGGAGUGGUCAUGACCACGGCGGACAUCUCACCGCUGGUCAAUCGUCCCGUUCAGCUGGUGGUGGUGGAGCAGACCCCCAAUGCCACCAACACCCACAAUCUGCAGCUGUUCGUGAUGCACCGCAACGAUAUGCUGCGGUUCUCGGGCUCCCUGCUGGACGCCAGUGGAGAGGUUCGGGAGAAUCAUCCCGCCGGCACACGCGUGCGUGGUGUGCCCCUGAUGCAGGCCUUCUCUGGGUCUCUGUUGGAGGAGGAGCUGGCCAAGCCCAAGAAGGUGCGCUACACCAUCAUCGAUGGCAAUGUGGACGAUGCCUUUGCCCUGCAGGAGCGCAAGGCCAAUCAGAACGUCCAGCUGAAUGCCAAGUCCCUGGUGAUUGAUGGCAACGAUGACUCCGGCGUUUGGUUGGUCACCAAUCGUCCUCUCGACAGAGAGCUGCGCGCACACUACGACCUCUCCGUGGAAGCCUCCGAUGUGGAUGGCCUGGACAAGACCGUGUCCAGGAUACAAAUCACCGUGCUGGACGAGAACGACAACAGGCCCGUGUUCAAGUCCCAGGACUACAAGUUCGCCAUCGCCGGCCAGAAGACCGCCAACAUGGAGAGCAACAACAGCGUCAGCUACCAGCGAUUCGCCAUUCUGGGCAAGGUGGAGGCCACCGAUGCCGAUGGCGACAAGAUUGCCUAUCGCCUGAAGUCCCCCUCCAAUGUGGUCAUCAUUGUACCCCAAACGGGCGAAAUAAUGCUCGCGGGAGAGCCCAACGCCAGUGAGUUGCUCAUCGAAGUGGUCGCCCAUGAUCUGCGGUAUCCCAGCCUGCUGAGCGCCCAGCCAGCAAAGGUCCUGCUGGAAUUCCUGGCCCCCGAGCCGGUGUCCUUCAUCAUGCAGCACCUGGAACACGACGAGGUCAAUCUGCACUCCCAUCACCGCGAGAAGCGGCGCGUGACCCGCGCUGUUCGACCCACCAAGAGGAUUGAGUUCACCGAAGCCGAUGGCGAUACGGAGGGCAAGAGUGUGUUUCAAUUGGAGAAAGAGACCGACAAGGAAACGUUCAAGAUACGCGAUGAUAAUCCCUGGGUGACGGUCGAAACCAAUGGAGCGGUGCGCGUCAAGAAGAAGUGGGACUACGAGGAGCUUGGACCAGAGAAAACAAUUGAUUUUUGGGUCAUCAUCACGAAUAUGGGACACAAUGCGGGAAUCAAGUAUACGGACAACCAGCGUGUGAUAAUUCUGGUGAAGGAUGUGAACGACGAGCCGCCGUACUUCAUCAAUCGUCCACUGCCCAUGCAGGCGGUGGUGCAGCUGAAUGCGCCACCAAAUACUCCCGUGUUCACGCUCCAGGCACGCGAUCCGGACACGGAUCAUAACAUCCAUUAUUUCAUUGUGCGCGAUCGUACGGGCGGACGCUUCGAGGUGGAUGAACGUUCCGGAGUGGUGCGCACCCGUGGCACAGAUCUCUUCCAGCUGGACAUGGAGUAUGUGCUGUAUGUGAAGGCGGAGGAUCAGAACGGAAAGGUGGACGAUCGUCGGUUCCAGAGCACGCCCGAGGAGCGCCUGUCGAUUGUUGGAGGCAAGCGGGCGCCACAGUUCUACAUGCCCAGCUAUGAGGCCGAGAUUCCAGAGAAUCAGAAAAAGGACUCCGACAUCAUUUCGAUUAAGGCCAAGUCCUUUGCAGACCGCGAGAUCCGGUAUACGUUGAAGGCGCAGGGUCAGGGUGCUGGCACCUUCAACAUUGGACCCACAUCGGGAAUUGUCAAGCUGGCCAAGGAGCUGGACUUUGAGGAUCUCCGACAGCCGCACGUGUACUCAUUGAUUGUGACGGCCACCGAGGAUUCAGGAGGGUUUUCCACCUCAGUUGAUCUCACCAUCCGCGUCACUGAUGUCAACGACAAUGCACCCAAAUUUGAGCUGCCCGACUACCAGGCCCACAAUGUGGAUGAGGACAUACCGCUGGGCACAAGCAUACUCCGUGUCAAGGCCAUGGAUUCCGACUCUGGAUCGAAUGCUGAAAUCGAAUAUCUCGUAUCCGAUGACCACUUCGCUGUGGACUCUAAUGGCAUCAUUGUGAACAACAAGCAGCUGGAUGCGGACAACAAUAACGCCUACUACGAAUUCAUUGUGACGGCCAAGGACAAAGGCGAACCGCCAAAGAGCGGCGUUGCCACCGUUCGCGUCUACACCAAGAACAAGAACGAUGAGGAGCCCAAGUUCUCGCAGCAGGUGUACACACCCAAUGUGGAUGAGAAUGCCGGUCCCAAUACCCUGGUCACCACUGUAGUCGCCUCCGACAAAGAUGGCGAUAAUGUGCGCUUUGGCUUCGUUGGUGGCGGCACUUCCUCGGGACAGUUUGUCAUCGAGGACAUCACUGGCGUCAUUCGAUUGCACAACAAAGCCAUCACCCUCGAUCGUGACAAGUACGAGCUGAAUGUCACAGCCAUGGACGAUGGCUCCUGCUGCGUGAAUGGCGAUCAAACGAUACACACAUCCACGGCCGUUGUCGUUGUCUUCAUCACGGAUGUCAACGACAAUAAGCCAGUGUUCAAGGAUUGCAGCACAUACUAUCCCAAGGUGGAGGAGGGUGCCCCGAAUGGCAGUCCUGUUAUCAAAGUUGUGGCCACCGAUGAGGAUAAGGGCGUGAAUGGACAGGUGAAGUACUCGAUAGUGCAGCAACCGAAUCAGAAGGGAACCAAGUUUACGGUGGAUGAGGAGACCGGCGAGGUGUCCACCAACAAGGUAUUCGAUCGAGAGGGUGACGAUGGCAAAUUCGUAUCGGUUACGGUGAAGGCCACGGAUCAGGGAGAUCCGAGCUUGGAAGGCGUCUGCUCUUUCACUGUGGAAAUAACAGAUGUGAACGACAAUCCGCCGCUAUUCGAUCGACAGAAAUAUGUGGAGAAUGUCAAGCAGGAUGCGAGCAUUGGAACAAAUAUUUUGCGUGUCUCUGCCUCCGAUGAGGAUGCCGAUAACAAUGGUGCCAUUGUCUAUAGCCUGAGUGCGCCCUUCAACCCAAAUGAUUUGGAAUACUUUGACAUCCAGGCCGAGUCCGGUUGGAUUGUGCUCAAGAAGCCACUUGACGGUUGUUAUCCACGCGAUCGCUAUCGCUUGCGCGUCCGCGCCCAAGAUAAGGGCCAAGCGCCUUCCUAUGCCGAUGUUGAUGUUGAGUUAGAUGUCGUCGAUCGCAAUAAUAAGCCCCCCAUUUGGGAUAAGAGCGUUUAUGGGCCGAUUCACAUACGCGAGAAUGUCACUGUGGGUACGGUUGUAACAUCGGUUAAGGCAAGUUCGGGUAUUGAAGGCAAUCCCACAGUUUUCUAUCGAUUGAUGCCUGGGUCUACGGCUCAAACGAACAAAUUUCAUACGUUCUACUUGCAACAAAGACCGGACAAUGGAGAUACUUGGGCGGACAUAAAGGUGAACCAUCCGCUGGACUACGAAAGCAUCAAGGAAUACAAUCUAACCAUACGUGUUGAGAAUAACGGAGCCCAACAAUUGGCAUCGGAAGCGACCGUUUACAUAAUGCUCGAGGAUGUUAAUGAUGAAAUACCGCUAUUCACCGAACGCGAACAGGAAACGGUGCUGGAGGGCGAGCCGAUUGGCACCAAAGUGACACAAGUGAAUGCGAUCGACAAGGAUGGCACAUUCCCCAAUAAUCAGGUCUACUACUACAUUGUCGACUCGCCGCGAAACGAGGGCAAAGAGUUUUUCGAAAUCAAUCUACAGAGCGGCGAAAUCUUCACCAAAACCGUGUUCGACAGAGAGAAGAAGGGUGCCUAUGCCCUGGAGGUGGAGGCCCGCGACGGUGCCCCCUCGGCGCGACCCAACAGCAAUGGACCCAAUUCAGUCACCAAAUUCAUACGCAUUGGCAUUGCCGAUAAAAACGAUAAUCCUCCCUAUUUCGACAAAUCGCUGUAUGAGGCCGAAGUGGAUGAGAACGAGGAUAUCCAGCAUACAGUGCUAACAGUCACAGCCAAGGAUCACGAUGAGUCCUCACGUAUCCGCUAUGAAAUUACAAGCGGCAACAUUGGCGGCGCUUUUGCGGUUAAAAAUAUGACGGGUGCCAUUUAUGUAGCUGGCGCUUUAGAUUACGAAACUCGACGACGGUAUGAGCUACGGUUGGCCGCCUCCGACAAUCUGAAGGAGAACUACACGACUGUGAUUAUCCAUGUCAAGGAUGUUAAUGAUAAUCCCCCUGUUUUCGAGAGGCCCACAUAUCGCACCCAAAUUACCGAAGAGGAUGAUCGUAACUUGCCCAAACGCGUCUUGCAGGUUACUGCCACAGAUGGUGACAAGGAUCGUCCCCAGAAUAUUGUUUACUUCCUCACGGGCCAGGGCAUUGAUCCCGAUAAUCCAGCAAAUAGUAAAUUCGACAUCAACCGCACCACCGGCGAAAUAUUCGUUUUAAAGCCUUUGGAUCGCGAUCAACCUAAUGGACGGCCCCAGUGGCGUUUCACGGUCUUCGCGCAGGAUGAGGGCGGCGAGGGACUCGUGGGCUAUGCGGAUGUCCAGGUCAAUUUGAAGGACAUCAACGAUAAUGCCCCCAUUUUCCCACAAGGCGUUUACUUUGGAAAUGUAACAGAGAACGGCACCGCCGGCAUGGUAGUGAUGACCAUGACAGCAGUGGACUAUGACGAUCCCAACGAGGGCUCCAAUGCCCGACUCGUCUAUUCGAUUGAGAAGAAUGUGAUUGAGGAGGAGACGGGCUCACCCAUAUUCGAAAUCGAACCCGAUACGGGUGUCAUCAAGACGGCUGUGUGCUGUUUGGAUCGCGAGAGAACACCGGACUAUUCCAUACAAGUCGUUGCGAUGGAUGGCGGGGGGUUAAAGGGGACGGGGACAGCCUCUAUAAGGGUUAAGGAUAUCAACGACAUGCCGCCGCAGUUCACGAAAGACGAAUGGUUCACGGAGGUCGAUGAAACGGAUGGCACGGCCCUGCCGGAGAUGCCCAUUCUCACGGUCACCGUUCAUGACGAGGACGAGACGAAUAAAUUCCAGUACAAGGUCAUCGACAACAGUGGCUAUGGCGCGGAUAAGUUCACGAUGGUGCGGAACAACGACGGCACUGGUUCCCUGAAGAUUGUCCAGCCCCUGGACUACGAGGAUCAGCUGCAAAGCAAUGGCUUCCGUUUCCGCAUCCAAGUGAAUGACAAGGGAGAGGACAACGACAAUGAUAAGUACCACGUUGCCUACUCCUGGGUCGUGGUGAAGCUGCGCGACAUCAACGACAACAAGCCGCACUUUGAGCGAGCCAAUGUCGAGGUCUCUGUCUUCGAAGACACCAAAGUCGGCACUGAGUUGGAAAAGUUCAAGGCCACCGAUCCGGAUCAGGGAGGAAAGAGCAAGGUCUCCUACUCCAUCGAUCGAUCCUCGGAUCGCCAGCGACAGUUUGCCAUCAAUCAGAAUGGUUCCGUGACCAUUCAACGCUCCCUCGACCGCGAAGUCGUGCCCCGCCAUCAAGUCAAAAUCCUGGCCAUUGACGAUGGCUCACCACCAAAAACCGCCACUGCCACACUUACUGUUAUUGUUCAGGAUAUCAAUGAUAAUGCACCAAAGUUCCUAAAGGACUACCGUCCAGUGCUGCCCGAACAUGUGCCCCCGCGCAAAGUGGUGGAGAUAUUGGCCACCGACGAUGAUGAUCGCUCCAAGAGCAACGGACCACCGUUCCAGUUUCGCUUGGAUCCCAGUGCUGAUGAUAUUAUUCGAGCUUCCUUCAAGGUGGAACAGGAUCAAAAGGGCGCCAACGGUGAUGGCAUGGCAGUGAUAUCUUCCCUGCGAUCCUUUGAUCGCGAACAGCAAAAGGAGUACAUGAUUCCCAUUGUGAUCAAGGAUCAUGGCUCCCCGGCUAUGACUGGCACAAGUACUCUAACCGUGAUCAUUGGCGAUGUGAAUGACAACAAAAUGCAACCGGGAUCCAAGGAUAUCUUCGUGUACAACUACCAGGGGCAGUCGCCAGACACACCGAUCGGUCGUGUGUAUGUCUACGACCUGGAUGAUUGGGAUUUGCCCGACAAGAAGUUCUACUGGGAGGCGCUGGAGCACCCUCGCUUCAAGUUGGACGAGGAUUCCGGAAUGGUCACAAUGCGAGCGGGAACCCGCGAGGGACGCUACCAUCUGCGCUUCAAGGUCUACGAUAGGAAGCACACUCAGACGGACAUCCCCGCAAAUGUGACGGUUACGGUAAGGGAAAUACCCCACGAGGCUGUCAUUAACUCGGGAUCCGUGCGUUUGUCUGGCAUCUCGGACGAGGACUUUAUCCGCGUGUGGAACUAUCGCACCCAGAGCAUGAGUCGCUCGAAGAUGGACCGUUUCAGGGAUAAGUUGGCGGAUCUCUUGAACACCGAAAGAGAGAACGUGGACAUUUUCAGCGUUCAGUUGAAGCGUCGCAAUCCGGCUUUGACAGACAUUCGCUUCUCUGCCCAUGGGUCGCCAUACUACAAGCCCGUUAGGCUCAAUGGCAUCGUCCUCAUGCACCGCGAGGAGAUCGAAAAGGAUGUGGGCAUCAACAUCACGAUGGUUGGCAUCGAUGAAUGCCUCUACGAGAAUCAGAUGUGCGAAGGAAGCUGCACCAACGCCCUGGAGAUCAGUCCCCUGCCCUACAUGGUGAAUGCCAACAAGACGGCGCUGGUGGGUGUCCGUGUGGACACCCUGGCGGACUGUACUUGCGGCGCUCGCAACUUCACCAAACCCGAAUCCUGCCGCACGAACCCCUGCCACAAUGGUGGUCGUUGCAUGGACACAAGGUUCGGGCCGCACUGCUCUUGUCCUGUGGGCUACACUGGACCACGGUGCCAGCAGACGACGCGCAGCUUCCGCGGCAAUGGAUGGGCCUGGUAUCCUCCCCUCGAGAUGUGCGACGAGUCUCAUUUGAGUUUGGAGUUCAUCACCCGUAAACCCGAUGGCCUGAUCAUCUACAACGGACCCAUUGUACCGCCAGAGCGUGACGAAAUGCUCAUCUCUGACUUCAUUGCCCUGGAGUUGGAGCGCGGAUACCCGCGACUGCUCAUUGACUUUGGCUCUGGCACUCUGGAGCUGCGCGUGAAGACCAAAAAGACUCUGGAUGAUGGCGAAUGGCAUCGCAUUGACUUGUUCUGGGACACAGAGGACAUUCGCAUGGUUGUGGAUUUCUGUAAAUCGGCGGAAAUCAGCGAAAUGGAGGAUGGCACACCACCAGAGUUCGACGACAUGUCCUGCCAGGCUCGCGGACAGAUUCCACCCUUCAGCGAGUACCUAAACGUGAACGCCCCGCUGCAGGUGGGUGGCUUGUAUCGCGAACAGUUCGAUCAGAGUCUCUACUACUGGCACUACAUGCCCACGGCCAAGGGAUUCGAUGGUUGCAUUCGCAACCUGGUGCACAACUCAAAGUUGUACGAUCUCGCACAUCCGGGACUCUCGAGGAACAGUGUCGCUGGCUGCCCGCAAACGGAGGAGGUCUGUGCACAGACAGAGACCACAGCCCGCUGCUGGGAGCAUGGCAACUGCGUGGGAUCCUUGUCCGAGGCACGCUGCCACUGCAGACCGGGCUGGACGGGUCCUGCCUGUAAUAUACCCACAAUCCCCACCACCUUCAAGGCCCAGAGCUAUGUCAAGUACGCGCUAAGUUUCGAACCAGAUCGGUUUAGCACCCAGGUGCAGCUGCGCUUCCGCACUCGCGAGGAGUACGGCGAACUCUUCCGCGUGAGCGAUCAGCACAAUCGGGAGUAUGGCAUCCUGGAGAUCAAGGAUGGACACCUCCAUUUCCGCUACAACUUGAACUCACUCCGCACUGAGGAAAAGGAUCUCUGGCUGAACUCAAUCAUCGUCAACGAUGGCCAGUGGCAUGUGGUCAGGGUCAAUCGAUAUGGUUCUGCUGCCACCCUCGAAUUGGAUGGCGGCGAGGGACGUCGCUACAAUGAAACCUUUGAGUUUUCGGGCCAUCAGUGGCUGCUGGUGGACAAGCAGGAGGGUGUCUAUGCUGGUGGCAAGGCCGAGUACACAGGAGUGCGCACUUUUGAGGUGUAUGCCGACUACCAGAAGAGUUGCCUCGACGACAUACGACUCGAAGGCAAGCAUCUGCCUCUUCCACCUGCCAUGAAUGGCACACAGUGGGGACAGGCCACAAUGGCCCGUAACCUGGAGAAGGGAUGUCCCUCGAACAAGCCCUGCUCGAAUGUCAUCUGUCCCGAUCCCUUUGAGUGUGUCGAUCUCUGGAAUGUCUACGAGUGCACUUGCGGCGAAGGACGCAUCAUGUCGCCCGAUUCCAAGGGGUGCAUGGAUCGCAACGAGUGUCUCGAUAUGCCCUGUAUGAACGGCGCCACUUGCAUUAAUCUCGAGCCCCGACUGCGAUAUCGUUGCAUAUGUCCGGAUGGUUUUUGGGGCGAGAACUGCGAACUGGUGCAGGAGGGUCAGACCCUAAAGCUGAGCAUGGGAGCCUUGGCGGCAAUCCUAGUCUGCCUGCUAAUCAUACUGAUACUCGUGCUCGUGUUUGUCGUCUACAAUCGCCGUCGCGAGGCUCAUAUCAAAUAUCCAGGACCCGACGAUGAUGUGCGCGAGAAUAUCAUCAACUAUGAUGACGAGGGUGGCGGCGAGGAUGAUAUGACUGCCUUUGACAUCACACCACUGCAGAUACCCAUCGGUGGGCCAAUGCCCCCAGAGCUGGCGCCCAUGAAAAUGCCAAUUAUGUAUCCCGUAAUGACACUGAUGCCUGGUCAGGAGCCCAAUGUGGGCAUGUUCAUUGAGGAGCAUAAAAAGCGCGCCGAUGGCGAUCCCAAUGCCCCUCCCUUUGACGACUUGAGGAACUACGCGUACGAGGGCGGUGGCAGUACUGCGGGUUCCCUCAGCUCCUUGGCCUCAGGCACGGAUGAUGAGCAGCAAGAGUACGACUACCUUGGGGCCUGGGGCCCUCGCUUUGAUAAGCUGGCCAACAUGUACGGUCCCGAGGCGCCCAAUCCACACAAUACCGAACUAGAAUUGUAAGUUGCCAGCUAAUGAGAGAACCCCAAAGGAAGUCCCAGACACAGAAACCGUAAACUAAACGGUUGCCUAAAAGAACAAACUAAAAGAAAAACUGUUAGUAGAUACAAAAGUUGCAUUUAAAGGAAACCAAUCUCUACGAAAAUGGUUGGAAAACACCGCAGAUUUCCACCAGACUCACACACUCACACAAAGAAAGAAAGCGCAACCAAAGAAAAGGCAUUGCAAAACUCUUUAUCUAAGAAAACGAUGGAUGGGCAUGGAGGAAAGGUCAAACUAUAUGUAGAGAGGAAAGAGAGACAAGAUGUCGGAGAGAUGGGAAAAAUCAAACACAUAUUAUGACACGUAAAAUGACAUUUGUAUAAAUAUUUCAUCAGCAUUUAAAUUUAAACAAAUUACGAGAUAAUGAAUGAAAACUAAGUUAUUUUUUAGGGCAAAAGCAAAGAAAAUUGGAAAAUGUAGGAGAGAGCAUACCAAAGCUUAGUUUAGGGAGCGCUUAUGAAUUUAUAACUUUAAUUCUUGAACAGAUUUGUUGUGCAUAUUAUGAUUUAAGUUGUAAUUAUUAUUUUUAGGACGCUCUUUUCGUUUAUUAAUGUAUCAAGUCAUUUAGGGAUUAAGUUUACUCUUGAUUUCGUUUUACUUUCUAAGGAUUAAACAAUUAAACAUUAAAAAUUACAUAAAUGAAUACCCAAAGACUGUUUUCGUUCCAUCAUAACAAGUAUAUAAAUACAUUUAGACACACAAAACAUAUACAUAUAAUACCAUAUAAACAUUACGAAACAUUUUUAAACUGCGAAAUCGAAGGAUCGCAAAUCAGAGCCUGAUUGGUCGAAAAAGGAUACUCCUAGAAUUAUAUUCUAAAAGCAGAAAUCUUAAGCUAAAAUCUCCACAAAACCUAGCCACAAAAAAUGCUAGAAAAGUAAAGAAAAACGUAAACUUAAACGCAAAGGAAAAUGAAAAAAAAGAAAAUUACCUUUAGAUGAACUUAGCGCAAUUGAAUUAAUAUAAAUAUUAACUAAACAUAAACAAACCCCAUUUAUAUAUAUUAAAUUAUAUAUAAAAGAAAAGAGAAUGCAAACAUGGAGAAUUAUAUUUAAAAACAAUAUACCCCCUCAGGGGUAUAACAUGAGAAUGCAAAUAUGGAGAUUACAUUUUACAUUGUAUAUAUUAUUAGUUUUUAGCACGUAUACAAAGGACACACACAUAUACACAGCCACAGAAUAUUAAAGCCACACACGAAAUUGGUAGCAGAACCGAAAACUAAAUCUACAGUCUUUAUACUAUAAGUGGAGAAACUCACUCGCACAGAGAGAGUGCAGUGCAUUCGCAUAAAAAUAAAAUUCAACAUUUCAUAUGCAUAAACCCGAAAACCAACUGCAUUUAAAAACCAUUUCAUUCCCCACGACAAAGCAAAUGUUUUUUGGAGUUCGAUUUUAUUACAGUUUUUGUUUUUAAUACCUGGUACUUCGGUACUUAUAUGGGGAUAUACGAACAUGGAGCGACACAAGAACUAUAAAUAUAUUCCAGUUUGGCUAUUGUCUAUCUGCCAUCAAAAAAUCAGGAAAAUGCUGCGUUCCAAUCAAUUCUUAAUUCACCCACAGCCGUACCAGGUAUCCUCCUAGUCGUAACAUCGACUGUGUCAUUCCAAUUGGAUUCUUUUUGUUGCAAUUUACUCUUGCAGAGCAUACUUUUUGGCUCUGGGACAGCAGAAUCACUGUCCCAGAGCCUGUCAGCUCAGGUCGCAGCUAUGAGUGCAAUCGCAAAUAAGAAUCGAAAAUAUGCUUCAUCUGUUAUUGGAUAUAUUGUUUUGUAGAAGUCUGUAGAAGUUGAUUCUAGUUUUUUGAAGCCAUAGAUACAUUUAGUUUGUUCAAAAGUCAGCCAGAAUACAGAAAAACUAUGAACAAAAAGCAAAAAUACAGAUUGUAGAGAACCGUAAGUACAUAUUAUACAAAUGAACAAUAUAUAUGCAUAUAUAUACAAUAUAGAUACAUGCAUAUGUGUGUAUGUAUAUGAAAUCUAUCUAAAUCAUAGAGUUUUCCAGGCAGCGUAUACAUAAGACAAAUGCCCACAAACAUGAUCCUAUUUAAAAUUCAUUUUCAGUUCCUCCAUUUUCACGAUAAUUCUCCGUUCAGGCAGAGAAAACACGCACACACAUACAUUUUUCGGUAUUCGAACUAUUCCUAUUACCACAGAAGAUUAAAGAUAAUUAAGACAACACCUAAAAUAAAAAUGGAUAUCUAACAAAACUGCAACAAAAGUUGACUAUUGAAAAGUGCAAAGAUUUUAACGUAAUUGUUAAACCAUACAGCGAAAUAAAUAUUUAAAAUGAUGCGAAACCACAAUAAACUUCUCUGCUGUACUUGUUCGAGAAAAUUCUUAGAAAUUUUAAAGCACAUUAAUUGUUAAAAAAAAAAACGAAGAACAUAAAAAGCAAAUCAGCCCGAAACCUAAUGUAGACAUUUCGAAAGAAAACAAAACUCCCCCCCAUACCCAUUUAUGCAAUACUGAGUCGUUUCGAUAGCAGACUCAAUUGUAGAUAUCCCUUAUUGCAAUAUUUAAAUCAAGCUGAAUUCAGUGCUGAUUAGCUGCAAUAUUGCUUAAAUACAGCUAUGAGUUUCAUUGAUGAAUUCCAAAUGUAUUUGCUUUGAUUAUACCUCCUUGAACCUCUGACUUCAAUGAUCCCAUUACUAUUUUGGUUUAUUGCAAUUGAUUGAAUGCAACUUAUUAACAUCGAUUUGCAUCUAACUGAACCCUGAUUUGCUAAAAUUUACAAUUGCAUGUUUGCUUUCAGCACAUAAAACAUAAGUCGGAUCGUUAGGCUUUCGGUACAGCAAAACCAAAUGAAAACACACACACAAAAACACUGCCAGCAAUUAUGGUUUUAGUUCUCUCGCAAAACAAAAGACUUGAAAAAGAAAGUUGAUUCAACGAAAAGUUUAUUUUUAAGCUUUCGCUUUUAUUCUGAAUUCUUGAUUUCGUUUUUCGAUGCAUCUGACUAUGGAUAACAUUUUGCAUUUAAUAUGUGUAUAGGUCGAAAACCCGAAACUUUUUAAAACAAAUCCAUCGCCCACACAAACAGAAAAUAGUGACAAACCAAAAGCAGAAGAAGGGAUAUUUUAUACAGAAAAAAUAAGCCAGCAAAAAAUUGGUAGAGUUGCAAAAAUAAAUUAUAUACUCAUUUACACACGUAUUUGUUAUAUAUUUUGUAAUGUAAGUUAGAGGCAAAAACUAUAUAUUGAAAAAUGCACUGGACACACACGAACAUAUAUAAUGCGAAAUACAUUUACACACAACACACACAAAGGCAGACAGACAGACAAGGAUCAUACUAUUUGAUAACUAUGUAUUUAUAAUGUAUGAAUUUUUU